UGUUCACCGAUUACCGUGACCAUGUCUACCGUGUGAUGUUGAACAUCGGCCAUAUCAUAACGACUUUGACGGCCGCAUUCUUUGUCGUUGCAAGCUAUGUGAUCUUAUUCAACACGUUUCUACCGCUCUCUGGUAUUCAUGCCCUUGACGUCCUCGCACAAGACACCCAUUACAAGUACUUUACCCUAUUCAUCAUUCCCAUGGGCGCAUACUUUGUGAUUGCAAACUGGGUAGGCUGGCAGUACUACCAGAAUUCUUGAUUCAUAUCCAGGGAUAAGGCAGAAUUCCAGCACACACAACGCACGGCACCAGAUAUUCGAGCAUAAACUUUUGAUACAAGUAUUGCCAAGUCUAGCCUGCGAUGG